UUUGGUCUAACUCGGUCUAACUUUUUGUUUGUAUUGUAUGCGCUUCACUGCAAUUUUGUUAUCUUUGCGAUAACGAGUUUAUUAUCAUUAUCUGUAUUUAGUUAAUAAGUUCAUUAACGAUACUAGUAAAUACACUCGCAUGAUAAAUAUUGUUUAAAAACUAACAUUCCUCAUAAAAUAUUGCAGACACGAUUUUAUGUUGGACAUUGGUAAAGUUAUAAAAGGUUUAAAAUAACUACAAUGAAUAAGUUGCAAAAUAAUUGGUUUUCGGAGUCAUGCGAUAUGUGGCCUGGUGCCACAUUUUCAUUUGAAGUGACAGAGGUGCUGCAUGAGGAGAAAUCCCAGUUCCAGAAUAUCCAAGUGUUUGACACCAAAAGCCUUGGAAAAGUGCUUGUACUAGAUGGCAUUAUUCAAUGCACCCAAAAGGAUGAAUUUUCAUAUCAGGAAAUGAUAUCAUUUCUACCUUUAUGCUGUCACAAAAAUCCUGAAAAAGUACUCAUCGUCGGUGGGGGUGAUGGUGGUGUUGCCAGGGAAGUCGCUAAACAUCCUAAAGUUAAAGAGAUUGUGCAGGUUGAAAUUGACGAGAAAGUAAUAGAAGUAUCCAAGAAACAUCUGCCAUUCAUGGCAGUGGGUUUCGACAGCCACAAACUGACGCUCCACGUGGGUGACGGGUUCGAAUUCCUAAAGAAUCAUCGUGAAGAGUUCGACGUCAUUAUCACGGACAGCAGCGAUCCCGUGGGCCCCGCCGUCAGUCUCUUUGAAGAAAACUACUUUUCACUAAUGAAGAAAGCUCUCAAGCCGCACGGCAUCGUGUGCUCCCAAGCCGGUACGAUAUGGAACGAUCUAGAAUUAGUGAGUAGCACUUUGAGGUACUGUAAGAACCAGUUCGCGUCUGUUGCGUACGCGUACACCUCUGUCCCGACUUACCCCUCUGGCCAAAUAGGUUUCGUCAUAGGCUCUUUAGACAAAGAUGUCAAUUUUGACACGCCGGAUUUGGUCUUCAGCCGUGACGAUGAGAAGGCAAUGAAUUUGAGGUACUACAAUAGCGAUGUUCAUAAAGCGGCAUUCGUUUUGCCCACUUAUGUAAAAUAUCAACUCGUCUGA